CCCUGCUUCAUUCAUUCGCGGCUCGGAGCCCGUACCGGAUACACGUCUCCUCGUUACAGAAUCGCGUUAUCGUGUCAAACACAUAAACAAUUAUCAGCAGUUGAUGUUAUCUGACUGAGAAGAAAGAAAUCAACGCUGUACUGAGAUGAAAACAUGAGCCAUUAACAUACAACAACAAAAUAUACAUACAAGACUACAUAACUACAUGUACAGACAAUAAAUUAAGCCAAAUUAUUUACAUCUAUUUAUUGCAUAUUCAAUUAGAAAAUCAAUUAAAUAAUAUAUUUAAUAGUUAUAAAAUUCGAUUAGUGAUUCACGUUUAUCGAUAAAAAAAAAUCGAUAAAAAACUAAAAUGAGUUCCGAAUCGCCAUCUUCAGCAAAAAAAUUGAAUUUAGAAAGAGCUUCGAAUUUCAUGAGACAAUUCCGAGAUCCGGAUUCUAGGGAAUUGAAAAAACUGUCCGCAAAUCAAUUCAUGGAAGUGUGGAGUCACUACGAUGGAGAUGGUAAUGGCUACAUCGAAGGCACGGAGUUAGACGGCUUCUUGAGGGAAUUCGUUUCCAGUGCUAACUUCACCGAUAUAAGCCCGGACGCGGUGUCAGACUCGAUGCUGGUGGAACUGAAGGCCUGUUUCAUGGAAGCUUACGACGACAACCAGGACGGAAAAAUUGAUAUACGAGAAUUAGCCCAACUGCUGCCAAUGGAAGAGAACUUCCUCCUGCUCUUCAGGUUCGACAAUCCCUUGGAAUCCAGUGUGGAGUUCAUGAAAAUCUGGAGGGAAUACGAUACUGAUGGCAGCGGAUACAUUGAAGCUGAUGAGCUUAAGAACUUUCUCCGAGAUUUGCUGAAGGAAGCGAAGAAAAUUAACGACGUAUCUGAAGACAAACUCAUCGAGUAUACCGACACAAUGCUCCAAGUAUUUGAUUCAAAUAAAGAUGGCCGCCUUCAACUGUCGGAAAUGGCGAAGUUGUUACCGGUAAAGGAAAACUUCCUGUGCCGACAGGUGUUCAAGGAGGGCAUAGAGGGCGCAACAAAAUUAACAAAGGACGAUAUCGAACGUGUUUUCUCUCUUUACGAUAGGGACAAUAACGGCUCUAUCGAAAAUGAGGAGCUGCGUGGAUUUCUAAAGGAUCUUUUAGAACUUGUUAAAAAAGAUUACGACGCACAGGACCUUCUCGAGUUCGAAGAAACAAUUCUCCAAGGAGUAGAGUACAGUAGCGAAGGGAAAAUCAGUAGAAAACAACUGACGAUGAUCCUUCUAGCUCUGGCUAAGCACAAUCAAGAAGAAGAAGUCUCGACUCCAUAAGAAAAGCCAAAAGAAAACACCACUCCGUCCCAGUAGUUCAAUGAAAUAAAAUCUGUAACAGACGAGCUGAAAUUCGUUCCUUGAAAGAUUUCCUAGUAAAAUUUCAAUACAAAUUUCCCUUCUAUAUUAAAUGUUACGUGGGCUGAUCAAGAAUUAAACCCAAGUAAUAGUUCAAAUAACGACAAAAUAUACAAUGACGCACUGUUCUGGAUGAAUAGUACUGAAUAUUGCAAUUCUUUGUACUCAUGAAGUAAAUACAUAGGAAAUGUCUUGUACUCUACAUGUUCUUAAAUACCUACAAAAUUUCGUCCUAUCAUUGAAGUGAACCUUUGAGGUGAUGGUUACCUCAGGAUGCCACAUUUGUGAAUAUUUGCUAUUUAAUACCGCACGUGAUAUUUCUGUCGUCAUAUUUCUGUCUCACUAUACGUUGGAAACUGUUACAGUGGAAUUGACAGCUGGUGGCCAAUCAACUAGAAAAAUUUCGCUUUCGAAUAUCGCAAUCGAAUCGAAAACGUAAUCACUGCCCUUGAUUUUUCCAUUGUACUAACAUAACGAACGAAUCGUUCCGAAGUCUACCGAUUUAAAAAUACUCAAAGAGAAUCGGAAACUUAUCUUGGCUGUUACAAAUUAGUACGAUUGGUCCCACGGUCAGGGAAAAUAUCUCAUGGCUCUCCACGAUACACAAACAGUCCACAAUAAGCCCGCGUAUCAUUUACCUUGAACUGAUAUAAUGCGCAAAUGAUUUGUGCAAAUUAUUAGCUCGUCCAUUACAGUUUAAUGCAUAUGUUGCCAUAAUUAGAUGAGAUACUAUCGUCGAAAUGACAUAGAAGGGUUUGAGCGAUGGAAAAUAAGUAAGUGCCAAUGUCGGACAAAUACAUCUAUGAUUUGUUUUUGACAGUAAAUAAUAUUCCUGAAACCUCAAUUAUUAUAUGCGUAAAUAUGUAUGCGUAAAAGUAUUCUCUAUAAAUCAGAUUUAUUUCAAAAGAAAGAAAGAAGACCACGCGAAGAACUCAACCAGCAUAUUCUUUGAUGAAGAUACAAAUAAACAAUAUUAAGCAAUUUCGAUUUUAUAUUGUGGCAAAAUUAAAAGGCAUAGUUUUUCUGACAAGUACAUUUUUGGGACUUUCUUGUUUUGCCCUUUGCUUUCUGUCUCUGAAAUAAUAAACAGAUAAGCUACACAUACAUCGCUCAAUCCAUUCUACGUUUAUGAUCGUUGUAGUAGAAAUACUGGUUUCGUGAGACAGUUGCACAGAUUAAAUAUAAUUUUAAUUUGUACAAUUGACUGGCGAUUUUUUUUAAAAAUAAA